AUGUCUACCGAAUCGACGCAGUCGCAGGCCUGCUGCAACACACCCGCCGUCGUUAGCAAGGGUUACAAGGAAAAAGGCGAAUACAUUGACGUGCAGGGCAUGAAAACUUAUGCAACUGGGCCAAAAGACGCCAAACGAGGCAUCCUAAUCAUAUACGACAUCUUCGGAUUCUUCCCACAAACCAUCCAAGGCGCCGACAUCCUCGCCCAUACCGACAAAGAACGCCCCUACCAAGUCUUUAUUCCUGACUUUUUUGACGGAAAGCCCGCAGACAUCUCGUGGUAUCCUCCGGACAACGACGAGAAGGGCGCUAAGCUCGGCGAGUUCUUCAAGACUGCCGCUGCACCGCCCAAGACCCUUGAGCGCAUCCCCAAGAUCAUCGACGAGCUGAAGAAGAACAAAGGCGUCGAGUCUUGGGCAAUCGUUGGAUUUUGCUGGGGUGGCAAGAUCGUCAACCUGAGCAGUUUUGAGGGAACUCCCUUUAAGGUUGCGGCUGCGGCCCAUCCGGCUAUGGUCGCGGGCGACGAUGCGAAGGGCGUUGUGAUCCCGUACGCCAUGUUGCCCAGUGGGGACGAGGACAAGGGUGAUGUGGAGAAGUGGCAGCAAAACAUCAAGACGCCGAACAUUGUGGAGUGGUUUCCAGACCAGGUACACGGCUGGAUGGCGGCCCGAGGUGACCUGGAGCAGGAGAAGGUUAAGAAGGAAUACGAGCGGGGUUACAAGCUGGUCUUGGACUUUUUCCACAAGCACAUGGCCUCGGACGCGAAGCUGUAG